ACUUAUACACACUUCCAAGUUCUACUUUAAGUUUCCUUGAUUACUAAUGGCUAUCAUCCGUUCGAAAAUCGGAAUAAUUGGUGCUGGAAUUAGCGGCAUAGCAGCAGCUAAACAGCUAGCCAAGUAUGAGCCAAUGGUGUUCGAGGCAACGGACUGUAUAGGAGGAGUGUGGAAGCACUGUUCUUAUAGGUCUACUAAAUUGCAAACCCCUCGUUGUGACUAUGAGUUCUCUGAUUUUCUAUGGACUGAGAGGGAUAAUACAAAUUACCCAACUUAUCAGGAAAUAUUGGACUACUUAUACUCAUAUGCUCAACACUUUGAUGUGUUGAAAUUUGUUAACUUCAACUCUAAGGUGGUAGAAAUCAAGUUUGUGGGCGAUCGAGAAAUGAAUUAUUUUGGUGGAUAUGGAAGUUUGUUGACUGGUAAUCCAGUCUGGGAGGUUGCUGUUCGAACCAAUCAAUCUGAAACCCUACAGUGGUAUGCCUUCGAAUUCCUGUUGAUGUGCACUGGAAAAUACGGAGAUAUCCCAAAUAUACCGAAUUUUCCAAACAAAAAAGGGCCAGAAGUUUUCAAGGGUCAAGUUCUACAUACGCUUGAUUACUCUAAACUUGACCAAGAAGCAUCUACCACACUUGUUAAAGGGAAGAAAGUUGCGGUCGUGGGCUAUAAAAAAUCAGCCAUUGAUCUUGCUGUUGAAUGUGCUGAAGCAAAUCAAGGACCUGAAGGCCAACCCUGUACAAUGGUAGUUAGGUCUUCGCAUUGGACAAUUCCACACUAUUCUAUUUGGGGUUUGCCAUUUUACUUGUUCUAUUCAACUAGAUCUUCUCAGUUUCUCCGUCCAAGGCCAAAUCAAGGCCUGUUCAGGACCCUGCUUUGCCACAUGCUUUCUCCCAUGAGAAAAGCAACUUCCAAGUUCAUCGAGUCAUAUUUGGAAUGGAAACUCCCACUAAAAAAGUAUGGACUAAAACCAGAACACCCAUUUGAGGAAGAUUAUGCAUCAUGUCAGAUGGCUAUCUUGCCGGAGAAUUUCUUCAGCGAGGCUGAUAAGGGUAAAAUCUUGUUUAAAAGAACAUCAAAGUGGUGGUUCUGGGAAGGAGGAGUUGAAUUCGAUGACAACACCAAGUUGGAAGCCGAUGUUGUCAUACUUGCAACUGGUUUUGAUGAGAAGAAAAAGCUCAAAGCCAUAUUACCAGAUCCCUUUCGCAGUCUGCUGGAGUUCCCCUUGGGCAUGAUACCCUUGUACAGGGGUACAAUCCAUCCAUUGAUUCCAAAUAUGUCUUUCGUGGGUUACGUUGAAAGUGGUUCAAACUUGCGUUCAGCUGAAAUCCGUAGCAUAUGGCUAUCACGACUUGUAGAUGAUCUUUUUAAACUUCCAUCCGUUGAGAAAAUGCUUGAACAGAUAACACAAGAGAUGGAGAUUAUGAAGAUGACUACAAGAUUCUACAAGAGAAGUUGCAUUUCCAGUUUCAGUAUCAAUCAUUAUGAUGAAAUAUGUGAAGAGAUGGGAUGGAAAUCAUGGAGGAAGAAGAAUUGGUUUGCUGAAGCUUUUAAGCCCUACAACAGCCAAGAUUAUGCAGACACAAAGUAGCAUCAUUCAAUAAAUCGAAAAUUAUCCUACUUAAUAAGUUUGUAAUUCUUGUAUAAUAGUGUAAGCAAUGCAUUACUCUAAUCAAAAGGAAGAAAAGAAAAAUAAAACUUUGAUACUUCAGACUACAUGAAAUGCCAAGUGAUGUACUUACUAAGUUAAUAAAUCCAUUGUAAUUGAGUUUUAUAAGUUGAUAAACUAAUAUUUCAAAAUUAGCACAUAUUGAAAAGUCAUCACCAACUUAAUAUCCAAGUAUUUCAAGAAGAAUCUAGAAUAUUCAAGACUUGCAGAGAAUUUAAAGAAGAGCUUUAGAAGAACAAUUUAAAAAAAAAAUAAUUAUAUCAUAAUUUUCUAAAAUAACAAAUACUUUUAAAUGGAACGGAGGAAGUACAAAUAUAUAUUUUCUUCGGCCCAUGGUUAUUAAAAAUAUUUGUUUAAAAAAUAAUUAUCAUUUUAAAAAAUUAAUUUUAAACACACAACAAGUAGUAGCUUUUUUCAUUAAAUGAGAGCUGUUGCACUUGCACGUGCGCUCAGAUAUGCCCACUUGUGCUACCAAAUUAUGAUACUGUAGAAUUGGAAUUGGAAUAUGGAUCUUACCUUAGCAUCUUCGCUCACGAUUCUUAGCAUCUAAUCUCAGAUGCUUCUCGCUAUUCCCUAAUCCUCUCUCAUCCUACGGCUCACAUUUAUCACCCUAUAUAUUCCUUGCUUUUCAUUCCACUUUCUUCAUUAAGAAAAGGAAAGAGAAAGCACAAGAGAGAGUCUAAAAAUUUGUCACAAACAUGAAUGCAAAAUUGGAAUUUCCGCUUGAAACUCUUGCUUUCAAUUACUUGAGCUUCGGUUUCUUUACUGCCCUUAUUACCGCUGUCGUUGGCUUCUGGAGGAUUAAAGCAUCUUCAACUUUUCCACGUGGAGACUUUUCCGGUGCCCCAUCUUCAUCCUCGCCGACGCCAACGUUGGUAACGUCCUCACUGCAGGUAAAUGAGACUGUGUCAAAUGAAUCAUUGUCAGCAGUUACUACUAUGAUAUCGCCUUUGAGCAACGAGGAGGUAGGAACAAAAGGGAAACUAACAGUGUACUACAAGCAAGAUGGCGGUGCAGAAUGUGACGGCAAUCAAGAAGGCAUCGAUCAGGAAGGAGAAGAUAAUGGCAUUAAGUUGUGUGAAGAGUGGUUUGUGAAUAAUUGGGAGAAAUUGUUGAAAAUGAGAAUUGGGGAAAUGAAGUGGUAUUGUUAUCAGGACAUGAAGAUAAUUGAUGGCAGUGUAGUUAGGUUGUGGGACGGUUCUAGACCACGGCCGAGGGAAGUGGAAAAAACUGCUUUCUCGAUUGGUGUAAUUAGUGCUUGGUAGUUUAGCAAUUGUAACUGGUAGUUAGGAUAUAAUGCAAUAACGGUUUUCACCGCUAUGGAAUUUAAGAAAGAAAAAUUGUAAAUAUUGUACGCUUUUUUCUAUGUUUUGUAGUAAUACCUUAAUACCUAAGUCUUGACAAUGAAAACACUGGAUUUUUCGUCUUUUUU